AUGUCUGUUUUUGACCCCCUGGGUUUCUUGGCUCCAUUCCUGAUCCGCUCCAAAAUCUUGAUGCAAGAAGUCUGGGUAAGCGGAAUCGGAUGGGACUGUCAGUUAAGAGAUGACGAAUACGUUACGUGGAAAGGAUGUUACACACAGUCCGAACUAGAAGUAUCAGAUUCCCAACUACAUAUAUUCUGUGACGCGAGCCCAAAGGCUUUCUCAGCGGUAGCUUACUUGAGGUUGAAAUUCGUCGACGGCUCAAUUAAGGUAACACUAAUCGGUAGUAAAAGUCGAGUAGCUCCAUUAAAGACACUUUCUGUCCCACGCCUCGAACUGCAAGGAGCCCUAUUAGCUUCUCGGUUAGGAAAGUUGAUAGCAAAUGAGCAAAAAAUAAAGGUAAACGAGCGUUACUUGUGGUCUGAUUCGCGUAUUGUACUACUUUGGGUUAAAACAGAUCCUAGGGACUACCAGACAUUCGUUUCCCACCGAUUGGCUGAAAUAUUAGAUUUGUCUGAUCCUACGGAAUGGUGCUGGGUUCCUUCAGAAUGUAAUCCCGCAGACCACGCAACGAAACCGAAGAUCGGUUCCCUUUACAAAAACCACCGAUGGUUUAAUGGCCCAGAAUUUUUAGGUAGGGAAAAGGAUCAUUGGCCGAGUCAGGACUGUCUGAAAACAAAUAAUCACCCGACAGAUCUGCCAACGGAACUAAAAAAGGUACAUUCCGUGUUGGUUACCAAAUUAGCUAAACCAAACCUACCUGACCCAAAACGCUUCUCAAAAUUUAAUAGAUUACUGCGAAGUACGGCGUGGAUUUUAGUAGCAAUUAAUAAAAUGAGAUAUAGGGUCGAACCAAAGAUGACGGCUGAGUAUCUUCGAAAGGCAAUGAUAUUUCUAUUAGGUGAAAUUCAAAAUGACUGUUACAAGUCAAAAAUUCUAGCUCUGUCUCGUCAAGAAUCCGUAGAUAAUAGAAGUAAAAUUAGGUCUUUAACUCCGUCAAUCGGAAAAGACGGUCUCUUGAGAGUUCGCGGUCGUGUUAACGUCCCUAGAAAACUAGACUUCGAAGGACAACCUAUUGUAAUUGAUGGAGCACACCAGAUUACACGGUUAAUAUUACAAGAAUAUCACGAGAAAGCUAAUCAUGGGAGUGAUAAUACAGUCCUCAACGAAAUCAGACAGAAAUUUUGGGUUGUAAACGCCAGAAAAUCAUUACGUUCUAUAUCGGCAAAGUGUUAG